AUAUGGAUAUUUUAACUUCUACAUAUAAAACAUUCAGUCUCUUUGGAAGUUUUGAUCGUAUGCAUUCAUGCACCAGAGGAUCGCGUAAUAUCUCAGUGAUAGUUGGUCGAAAAAUGAAGUCUACGGACUUCAAUACGUGCUAGGAUUCAAUUUAGCUGGUGCUUGUGACUGAGAAUGCAUCGAAUAAUACGUUUUCGCAAGGAGUGUAGCAUUUUCCAAGAGGCAAUGUUUUGGUGUCAGUAUUAAUAUUCAGAGCCAGAGACCAAAAGAGGGCAAGGCCCGACAAUAUUGUGUAAAGUGAAGGACGAGUAUUAAAACAAAUUCAGAUGAGCGAUUCAGGGGAACCAAUAUGAAGAAGUUCAUGAUCAUAAGUUGCCAAAAAUAACACAAAAAUUUCAAUACCAAAAUGCUGUAUGAAUAAACCCAGUGAUAGCGAAGGUGAAAAAUAUCUUUGUCUGGUCUCACACACAUAGGUGUAAAGGGGCUCUGUCUGUUCCAUCGUACGGCAUUCAAUGACUAACGUAAAUAUGAAGCACGAAAUAAUGACAUCAGUCGCAAACCUCUUUUGGGCACAGUAGAAAGUGCACAGAAAUUUGGAACAUGUAGUUACGUUUCGACAGUAUUCACCAGCAAUGGAUCUGAUGGGAGAAGUGAAGUGCAAUAUCGAUAAAAGUUUAGAAGGAAACUCUAGGGAAAUGGAAUGUGAAGCCGAGCCUGAAAAAAAUGAUCUCAGCCCAGAGAAUUCGAAAAAGAGUGACAACUCUCCACUGGAUGACCGAAUUUCCAGGCCAGAUGAAGAGAAGAAUGACGGAAUAGAGGAGAAAAUGCAAUAUAACAACGGUAGUUUCAAUAGUGGAGUAAGUGAUAAUAGUAAUGUAAAUAAAAGCAUUUCGAUGCAGGAAAUUGAAAAAAGCCAACGCAGUGUUAGUGAAGAUCCGGAUGUCCGAAAUGCACUUGCAUUUACAAUUGAGUUCAGUGAAGGGCGUAAAGCGGUUGACAUUCAACGGCACGAGAAAAUGCUGGAGCGGUUUCAGAACAGACACAAGCGAGGUGUUUCCUUGUCGAAAUUAGAAAGUGGCUUAACUCCUCCUACUGGCAAAAUGAGGACCCCACAAAGUGUAAAUUUACCUAGAAGAAACAGAGCUGACCAAUCCGAGAUUCAAGAUACUGCAGUAAGAUUACGUGAUAAAAGCCGAGCUUCGAGGGACUCAGUCAACAAGAGACACAGUUGGAGUCCUCGAUCAAGUAUGAUGGAAACAGGUGCUAAAGAUAUGGCAGCGAAAGCAAACACAAAUAAGUUUACCCCAAAGUCAUCAGCGUUGCAGAUGGCAUUCGAUCAGCAGAAUAUUAUGAAAGAUUCGUGCUCAAGUUCUGAAUUCAAUGCCGAGAGUCUGGAUUCUUCUAUAGGUCUUCCCUGUAUUGAGCCUCCUUUGGAAAAUUUCAAAAAGGAGAAUGAUGACGACGAUAGCGUAAGCGAAGCUGGAACGUACACCUUAGAUGGAGAUAAUUAUACUGAGGAACAAAAAGAACGAAUGAAUAUAGAUCGCAUGCCAGCAUUUACUCCAGAAUCUACACCAAAACCUUUAUUCAAACAAGGAGCUAACAAACCGUAUCCCCAGAGGCCAACAAAUUUUCAAGACGAAUUAGAAAUCAUUGAUUUGGAUCGACCAUGUUCUGGACCAACAGCAAAUGAACGACGAAAAAAUAAUGUUCUAGAGGUUGUAUACUUUCACGAACCAUCACCAGUCGCACAAGUUUCAAAACCAAAACUAUCAUAUAUAGAAAAACUUAAGUCACGCAUGAAAAACAUUACUCACAAAGCGAAAUCUCCCGACAAACAAAUCGUAGCACAGCAGACUAAUUCACCAGAUCAAGGAACCUUCACUUCUGUAACUACUAGCGGAAUAUUGAGUGUGAAACCAACACUUGAAAACCAUCCUCGAAUCCAUCGUCGCAAUAGUUUAACCAAAUCUCACAUCGAUAGCUCUGAAUAUGUUCAAGGCGUGGCGAAAUUGAAUAUUCAUAAAAAUGAAGAAGAAGCAAAAAUUCUCAACUGCUAUACCGAUUCGGAAAAGGCCACUUGUUUGUCGGAUUUGAACGUCAACUAUGAUCAUCCAAGACACAAAGCCGACUCUGAAGCUUCGGCCAUAGGAUCAGCAGUUAGUAAGAAGGAUUGGAUCCAAGAAUGGGCCAAAAAUGCACGAGAGUACUCCAAGAAACCAACUUCUGGUAGCGCAGUUAGUACCAACAACCCACAAAUGGUUAGAAGUUAUGAUUUUGAAAAUCGGAAUCAGUUUGGAUACGACUUCGAAAUAGAUAUGACGAAAAGUGAUUAUUACGAUACGAAAAAGUAUCAAGAAUUUGGAGAUAAUCUAGACCGUCAACAUUUGCAUCGAAAGCAGCUAGAUCGCCUGUUGAAUAACAGCAGCAAUAGUGAUCCUAUGAUGAAACAACCUUACGGAACUGAUUCCAGUGCACCAAGUUCGGGUGAAUUUAUAAGACGUGGAAGUAUUAGACAAUACACGAGUCCAACGGCGGCAAAACCUCCCAUGAGCCCGAGUAAAAUACCAUCCCCAAUGGGUUCCAUCGGUAGAGCUAGAAGUGUUAGUAGGAACCGCAGUCUGCAAGGAAGUAAUUCGGACCUUUCAACGAAUGAAACUGAAAUGUAUCUUCAAAAAACAGCUGCAGCAAUAUCUACUCUUCAAAAUCUCCAAAGGCGUAACUCGUUACGCAAUUCGUCUCGACAAAACUCAUCACAUUCAAGCCCUCUUAGUCCCGCUUCCCGGCGUAUGUCUCCGAAGAUUUCCCCGAUGAACUCUCUGCAGUCCCCCGUGCAUUCACCUCAUCGGGAUAAGAUACUCCAUGCUGAUGGGGGUCAACCAUAUUUACCACAUCACCAACAGAUACUUACCCUUAAGCAACAGCAAAAUCUGUUGAAUCACAAACGAAACCUAUCCCUCGACGGCACGGAAUCUUAUGCAAACGCAUUAGCUGCGUUAGGGUAUGGAAAUCAAAUGUCGAAUAGUCUGAAUUCGGAGAACAUGAACGCAAUAUUAGAUUUAAGGAAGCAGCACACUCGACACAACUCCUUUGAGGGAAUGUCGUCUCUUCCUCCGAAACCUGUGAAAUGUUUUCAGAACUUUGAUCAAAGGACUGCUUACUACUGCGCAAAAGACCAGAAUGAGGGUAUGCCGAGAAAUGAUAUGGCUGAUUAUGAUGACGAUGAAAAACUGAUUGUGAUUACUUCAGCUGUAAAGGACAUGUCCUUGGGCGCAAAGAAACAAAGUGCAGUAUUGAUUAAACAGCAACCAUCGUCAUCAUUCAGUGGGAAAGCUAGUGGAGCACAAAUGAGAUCAACAGGUAGCCAACCUGUAAACAAACCAUAUAAUCCCAAACCGGUGCCAACUCAGAUAUCAUCACCCAUCAAACGAUCAAGUUCGUUUUCUGUUAAGGCAAUGAAGCCAAGCACACCAACGUUAACGCCCAAAUUAGGUUCAAAAGCAGCAACAGGUGGUUCACGAAUCCAAAAAUCAGCCAGCAGCACUAGUUUCAAAAAGAUGGUUGCCAAUUAUAACGACGAGGAUGAGUUCUACAUCAACGACGAUGAUGACCUUGAACUGGGUCCGGAGUAUUCAUCUAGCUCAGAAAUCAGCGACAAGGACGAGGAAGCUGCUGAAGUCGACAAAGAACCCAUCACUAACACCAAAUACAACAAAACCUUCCUCAUGCGCAUGGAACAAAAUAAAAAGAUUGCAGCUGGAGUCAAACAUGGUGUCGCAGCCUGUCCAAACACACCUGAACUACCCCGCAGAACACUUCAGGUUAAAGGAAAUACUCGUGAUCGUGCAUCAAUGCCCAGAGAUUCUAGUCUAAAUCGAAUGAAACAAGAUAUGGGUGCAUCUCGCAAAUCGAUGGGUAGAGAAUCGGUUCCGAAAGAACCAACAGGUGGUAAGCAAAAAGUUCAGCCAAAGUAUUUGGAUAUAUCAAAGUAUAAGAAUCCUUCCGCGGGGAACUUUUUGAAGAAAGAUGAAUCUAAAAGUUAUUUGCUUAAACCGGAGGUUAAGAAGAGUCCUAGUAGCGCUUCGGUAGCUAUGAACAGAGCUGAACCUAGCAGAAUGAGUACCAGGAGUAUUAAAUCAGCAGGAGCAAAACCAACUGCAUCUAAUCAAAAAGUUACCAAGGAGCAAGAACUGGAGAUGUGGCGCCGGCGUGCCAGCUAUGAUCCGAUGAAGGCUGCCAUGGAAGGCAAGAAAAAGCAAGAGGAGGCCCGUCGUCACGUUCAAAACCAAGCAGAACGAACAAGUAAAUCGUGUGAAAGCUCCGUAUUGAGGUCUCAAUCCUGCCAUAGCGGCGUAGGAGUUGGAACAGGUCGUUUGUACUCCAGCAAUAUAAGUAACAAUACGAAUUCGAAUAUAAAAGGAAUUUACGAUCAAACCGAUAAUAACAGCAACAGCAGUCAACCGAGCAAUCAUUGGACGCUAACUUCUACUGAAUCCAGUGACGAUUUCGAUGAUGAAUACAACAAUUAAGUGGACGUUUUCUUUAUAAGUGGAUUUUGUUUUUUAAAAUCUAAUGACUGCACAAUAAGAGUUGAAUAAUGUAUUCACUGAAUGCUUAAAAGUGUUCUGAUGGAGAAUGUGUCAAGUGAAUAUACGGUUCAUUUCUUGUCCUCAAUAUGGUGCAAUAUUACCGUAAACGAAAAUAUGAGGACUUUUCGUAUUAUUUGACCAGAACUGUAUUUCAUUUGGCGCACUAUCCUGAAAACACUUUGAAUAAAAAAAAACAUAUUUCACCAUAUAUAACACAUGCAUUUUGGUCGAGUGUUGUUUAUGAAGGUGAAAUAUUUUAUUUUAUCCAGCAUUCUAGGCAGCUUAUAUUUCUUUCCAACUGUAACAAAUACAUAACAUACUAUAGAAUCGUAGACGAACAAAAAAAACUAGCGAGAUCAAAUCGUUACAUGCAAUAUCCCUUAGAAGGUAUGCUUGAAUGUGUUGACAUACAUGAAAUGAGCUUCUUAUCAUUAUAUUUGUUUACUUGAUUGUCGAUUUGUAUGCUUAAAGCAAAAUUCAACCGCCUUAUUAUCAGCCUCUCUUACUAGGUUAAUUUUUGAAUUUUGCCGGCGUAUCUUUCCAUUGAUACUGUUGAGAUCUGUUAACUAACUACGUUGCUGUCCGACUAUGAAAUGUAACUUUUGCGAACGAGCUAUAUUCAAUGUGACUGUACUUUCUUUGUUAACGUGGACAUUGUCUAAUGUGAUUAAAAUGACGUAUUAAAUACCCUCAUGUUAUAAACUCUAUUGUUAAAAUUCAUUUCUUUUUAUUUACUGCAUCUUAAAAUCAAAACACAUGUAUCCUAGUGUCGCACCGAAUGAAUCGAAUAAAACGUGAAAGUGAAUAUGGAAGUUGAGAAAAAUGAACUGAAAUAGUUACAUUGUAGUUGAUUAGGAUUUAUUUGAAAUUGUAGCAUCACGGCCCUCCAUUAGAUUGUGAACAAAAAAAGGAUUAAGUUUUAUGUAGCUUAAUAUGGCGGUACCAAUACUUCGAAAGGGCAUAACUACUUUUACGACAAGAGCAUCUCAUAUCACUGGCUAAAAAGUGUUCGAAUUUAAAAGGGAAUUUACGAAAUAUGCGUUUCUUAAAGCCAAAUCCUCUAUUUGUUAGGUUCGUUUUGAAUGGAUUUACUUUUGUGGUGUUAGAUUUGCAACAUAACACCAAUGUUUUUUUUAUUAUUAUUCAAACCUACUGUGAGUUUAGUUGGGAAAUACAAAAAUUUCUAAGUAAUUUAUAUAUUUAAAAAAUAUUCAAAUUUCUAAAAAUCUCAGUUUGCUUUUGCAUUGUUAAAUGAAUCCUUGAUUUAUUUUGUCUUUCCUCCAUGUCACUUACUGAAAAGUUUGAGUGAUAUGUUCCAAUUUUCAUACAAAAUUUCAAGAUAAAUAAUAGCUGCAAGUGAAAUGACUGUGCUACUUGCAUCUUAUAGGGCCAUUGGUAAAUGAGAAAUUUUAAAAUUUAUUAUGCAAAUUUUUCAGAUGGAGUGUUACAAACAUCUACCAAGUAUUUUUCGACAUAAAAAACGCAUAGGAGCUAUCAAUUAAAUUCAUCCGGAUCACUAUUAAAACCGCAUAUGAACGAAUACUCCACCACGAUGAUAUGAGCUGUUCUUGCACUAUGACCCAUUUGAUUUGUUUUUUCAUUGUAAUUUGUCAUUAGCUAACAAUUUUACAUGGAUCAUUUAACGAUAAGGUGUUUAUAGUUCUGUGAAAUAAAGUUAUUUUACUACAA